AUGUGCACUGUUCGGCAGAGAAAGGUGGCCAUUGUUGGCAGCAGAGCCGUCGGCAAGUCGAGUAUGACAGUGCAAUUUGUCGAUGGGCACUUUGUCGACAGCUACUACCCGACUAUCGAGAAUACUUUUAGCAAGAUGAUCAAGUACAAGAACCAGGACUAUGCGACUGAGAUUAUCGAUACGGCUGGCCAGGAUGAAUACAGUAUACUCAACUCGAAGCACUUUAUUGGCAUUCAUGGAUACAUGAUUGUCUACUCGGUCGCUUCCAAGCAGAGCUUCGAGAUGGCGCGCAUCAUUCGCGAUAAGAUCUUGAAUCACCUGGCUGUCGAGUGGGUUCCCCUCGUUAUUGUAGGCAACAAGUCUGAUCUGCGCCCCGAACAACGCCAAGUUACGUCCGAAGACGGUCGCGCCCUCGCCGCAGAGUUCAAAUGUGCCUGGACCGAAGCCAGCGCGCGCUACAACGAGAACGUACAAAAGGCCUUCGAGCUCAUAAUUGCCGAGGUGGAGCGGUCUCAGAAUCCUGGUGAGCCCGCUGGCGGCAGCAAGUGUACGGUCAUGUAAUUGCAAGAUUCUUGACUGAUAUGAGUGCUUCUACCAAGGCGUCAGCGUGGACAAGUACCCAGCCCUCCAGCAGGAGCGCAAGGACAAGGAGAAGAAGCGGUGGAGCAGCUCACACUUCUUGAAGCAUCCGUUUGAUCAUCUGAUCAAUAUGCUUAAGAAGACGUCUACGGGCGGGUAAGAGGAGGUGUACUUUCAUCUGGUUUGGUGUAGAUGGCAUAGACAGUGGCUGAUUUUUUCCGAACGACAUCUCAUUAACGGGUCGUGGUUCUCGCCUAUCCAUGCGGAAGGCAUUAGUAUGUACUGGCGUAAUGGUGUAAGCGGCGGUGUAACGGCGUCAUAUCUGGUAUUCUGGGGUUCAAUUACGAUGUUUCACGGCUGUAGUACUACGUAUCACCUUAUGUUACUUUCAACAAUAGACGACAUACGUUGGUGUACG